AUGGGAAUGAGAGCGGCAAUAGUCCCCAAUUCCGAAUGCGAAGCAGCUAGCCUGCGACAACCGAACUGUGCAUGGCCAUCUAGGGCGAUCGUUUCUGGCACCCAGCUAGAGGUAAGGGCUUCAGGGCAUUCUUACAGCCUCCCUCUAGAUUUUUCACUGAAACAUGGUUCAAAACUGUCUUUUCCUCUAAAUAAAUGCAACACAGUCCUUCGAGGUCAGCUGCAAAGAACAGAAUCUGCGCAGAUAUUGGCAAGCGCAUUGCCGCGCAGGGACGUGCGCGUAAGGUACGUUGAGGUGCUCUUCUUUAUUCUAUCAGUGUAUUUUGCUUGUAUUUCACUUUAUAUAUAUGCAAAUAUGGAAGCUGUUCGGCUUCACGAUGACGCUGAGCAGCACAGUGACGGCUCAUCUGGGCCUAUUCCCAGCAAGGCUACUCGCGCCGCCGACUCGAUAACCAGCGCAGAAGAGGCUGGGCAAUCAACCGUCUGCUGCAGCAGUGAAGAUGAAUAUCCAAGCGCAGAGAACUAUGCAAGUGAUGACGAACGCCAAGACAGUGAUGAUCAAAGGCGUACUCAUCCAACCCCAGCCGCAGCAGAGCCGCAACAGCAACCGUUGCAUGCCGCGCUGCUCGAGCAGCAGCCACUCUUACAGAUUUCUCAGCCGUCUGGUGUUCCAUCAGCUCCAUAUGCAUACACCAUCAGCAGCUUAGAUGAUAUCGCCCCUAGCGAAGCACCUACUGCGUGGCUUAAACCCCGGAUCAAAAUCGACGGGCCUGAAGUGUUUCACGGGUUGUUGAGGGCCAACGACGAAAGUCUUCCGGCUACCGAAAGUGUUCCAUCCACCGAAACCUUUGUUUCCUUUCAAGGACAGUGGCGCGUUGUGACAUCGGCUGGGACUAGUUCCUAUAUUGGGCCAACAAUGAACCCAUGGGACCCUUCCACGGCGGCGUACCCCUUACCGAUCACCUACAAAGUGUCUGACGAAGAGGUUGUUGUCAGGGAAGCCAACAAUUACAUAUCCCGCGCGGACGCCAGGCACGGAAUCCUCGAAAGGAUUCGUCGUUUUUUCUGCACAUCCAUCGCGGAAUACAUGCAAAGUUGA